CAUCAUUUCCGUCUUGUUGUAAACAUUGAAAAUCGAUAAUUCCGUCAGCUGUGAAUGAAAUAACAAAAACAAAAAUGUUUAGUUCUAUGACAAAUUGGUUGGGAAUGAGCCAAGAGAGAGAAGCUGAAUCUGACGAAGAAAACAAAGAAAACCAAGGCGAGAAUGAAAACAAAGAAAAUAACCCUGAGAAAGAAAAGUUGACAUCAGACCCAGAUAAAAAAGAACCAGAAAAUACAGAAGAAGGAGAUGGUGAUAUCGACUUAUCUUUGGAUGCAGCUAAACAUAAACUAGAGGAUGUAUCUUCUAAAGCAUUGAAUGCUGCCAAAGAAUGGGGAAGUUACCUGUACAGUUUCAGUAAAGAAGCAGGCAAAACUGUGGCAGAUAAAGCCAAACUUAUUGGCAAGUCAGUUGAAGAUAAGACUAUAAUGGGAGAUUUUGCCAAGGAGCAAAACAAAUUUGUGACAGAAAAGAAAGAGAAAGCCAAGAGAUCAGAAGCAGCAGUACCACCAUGGGUUGGUUAUAAUGAAGAAGAGACUAUGAAAUCACAGAUCCUGGCCUUGUCAACAGACAAGAGAAAUUUUGUCAGAAAUCCUCCUGCUGGUGUUCAGUUCCAGUUUGACUUUGAAGCAUCAUACCCUGUUGCCAUGGCAACCCUUCAAGAAGAUUCUAAUUUACAGAAAAUGAGAUUUGAUCUUGUACCAAAACAAGUGAAAGAAGAUAUUUUCUGGAGGAACUACUUUUACAGGGUUUCACUUAUCAAACAAUCUACACAACUGACAUCUCUUGCACAAGAAACAGGUUCCUCAUUGGGAAGUAGAUCAAACAGUACAGGGUCCUUUAAGUCUUCAGAUGAAAACCAGGAAAAAGAAUCAACACCUCCCCAGGCAAUCCAACAGAAAUCUAAAGUAGAAGAUGACAUUCCUUGCAGUCCUGCCGAGAACGAGUUUGUUAGUGAUACAUUCCAAGCUGAUGCUCUCAAUGAUGAAGAUUUGAAAAAAGAAAUGCAACAGCUCCAUGUAGAAGAUGACAAAAAGGGAGAUGACAAUGAAUGGGAAAAUGAACUACAGGCUGAAUUGAAAGAAUAUGAAAUGGUGGGCCAGGAAGGAGAAAUCUUAGACGAUGAAUUAGAAAAUGAAAUCCUGCAAGAAAUUGAAAAUGAAACCAACAACAUGUAAAACAUAGAUUGAAUCUUGAUUUCAUAUCUAGGAGCUUAUUUUCAUCACGUGGAAAUUUGUAUCUUCAUAAUGGGGCAAUUCAUGUUCAUGCUCAUCCAUAUGUUGUGAUAAAGGAAUAUGUGAGAUGUUUAAAAAAAAAGACCAGAAAAUGAAUAGACAAAUUGCACUGAACAAUAAUUUUCCUCUAAAUCCAACAUUUACUUCCGAUUGAUUGGUCACUCUUUUGGGCAAGGAAUUUAUUAGAUUAUAUAUUUUCUGAUUUCCAACAAUUGGUUAGGGCCCAUGUUUAGAAAUUAAAAAUUUUCAAUGUGCAAUUGGUCAUCAAAUUAAUUUGGUGUCUUAUAAUUUUGUAUCUCGCUCUAACAUUAACCUGAUUAAAUAAAAGCAUAUGAUUUCAUCUCAUGGUGGAGAAAUUUAACUACUUUUAAAAGAUAUAUAUGUAUAUGUAUGUGCUGUAUAUGUUAAUUGGUAAUGCUAGUAGUUUGUUUAAUUAAGGUAAUAUAUUUUGAACAUAUCAUAUCUUAUUUUUUAUAAUUUGAAAGAAGCAUUAAUGGACUGUGGUUUUUCUAUAGAUUCAUGCAUCUUGAUUUAUUUUUAACUUAUCUUCUAGAAAUAUGGGAUUGAUAGUAAAUGAAAGUUUUAGUUGGAAAAUCGGAGGAUUGUAGUUUAUUUUUUCUUGAUUUUCCAUGAUUUUAUAAUGUGUAUAAGAGAGUUAUACAAUUGGGCUGGAUAUUUGUUGUAAAUUGAUAACAACUGGUAACUGAAACCUGUUGGAGCUAUUUUGUUUAAAGUCAUCUUUAUGUUAAUUUUAUCUCUCAAUAUUUUUUUAAGAAAAGUUAAUUAAAAAAACUGAUAAAUCUUAUUAAUGUAUGGUAGGUGCUAUCUGGUGAGUUGUUUGUUAUACUUGUCAGCCUCAGUGUGACAUUGACAAUGUCACAUGCUCAGUAAUGAGAUCUCCUCCUAGGUCAAUCCAAUUUUUUAUAUUCCUUUGAAUUAUUUAGAUUUUUAUGUAUCAAAAAUUUUGCAAUGGAUUUCCUAUAAACUCGUCUAAUUUACUGUUUCAGAAUUUGGUAAGUUCCUAUAAAUUCGUCUAAUUUACUGUUUCAGAAUUUGGUAGGUUCCUAUAAAUUCAUCUAAUUUACUGUUUCAGAAUUUGGUAAGUUCCUAUAAAUUCAUCUAAUUAACUGUUUCAGAAUUUGGUAAGUUCCUAUAAAUUCAUCUAAUUAACUGUUUCAGAAUUUGGUAAGUUCCUAUAAAUUCAUCUAAUUAACUGUUUCAGAAUUUGGUAAGUUCCUAUAAAUUCAUCUAAUUAACUGUUUCAGAAUUUGCAAAGAUUGUGUGUCAUUUCAUUCUUAGUACAGGAAAGUGAAAAUAACUUUUAUAUCCAUUGGUCGUACAUCCAUUAUUUAGGACAGUGUAAACCAAUCAAAAUGGUUCAGUCUAUGCAUUUGAAAAUAUUACCCAGAAUGCAUUACAUUUUGAUUUGAUGUUGUCUUCCUAUUCAUCUGAUUUUAUUAGGUUUUUACUGAUAUUGACUUCAAUUUUGCUGUCAGUUGUCUCUUGGGCUUUUUACAGUAUGUCUUUCUGUAAGGUCCUUGCUCAACAUUAACAUAGUUGUUACUUUUCUUGUUUGUUGGUCUGUGUUGGGAAUAUUCUCAUUAUUGGCAGUCAAACCACAACUUCUUAUUUUUAUAUUUUGUAAUUUAUGGAUAGCUGCUAACAAGCAUUUAUUUUUGUUUUGUUUAGUUGUCAUUGAUUUCCAAAAAAUUGAAUUGACUCCAAGUCCAGUUAUUUCAUUUGUCUAUAAAGUCAACUUGUUAGAAAACAUCAAGAAAUUGGCUGACAGGACAAAUGUAAUUUUGAAUGAGUAUCUUAACCAUUACCAGUGUUCUUGAUUUUUUGAUUUUAGUGAUCAUAGAAAAAAAAUCAUUAUUUUGUACUGCCUUUAUUUACUGUUCUGAUUUAGAUAGUGCUGUUCUGUUUGGUAUUUUGGUAGAUGUGAUAUGAAACAUUUAAUGAUUAUGUAGAAAAUUACGUUAUGCAAUUGUUUGUUGAAUUUUGUUGUAGAGUUAGUUAUUGAUAUUAUAUCUUGUUGAAUUUUGUAUAAUCAGGUUUGAUUUAUUAUUUUUAUACACCUACAGUGCAUCUUGAUGCAUAUAUUAGAUAUACUGUUGUCUUUUUUUUUUUUGUGGGGGGGAGGGGGGUCAAAUCCAGAAAGACCCUAUUGGCAAAACAAUUUUGUGUUUUUUGUGCAUUUUCCUGACUUUUGACUGCUGAUCCCUCUUUAUUUUUUCAGAGAGACUUGAUACAUUUCUCAAGUAGUGGCAAUAAAUCUUACCUUUAUUAAGCAACCACUUCUUUUUGGGAGGGUUCAGGGAUAAUGAUAGCUAUAGUGUAUGUACUGUUUUGUCAAUUUCACUUACUGUUUGUGAUGUGUAGUUAAUGAAAUUUUUCAUAAAGUUUUAUACUAACAAUAAACAGAAAAAUGUUGAAUGUGACUUUAACUCACUCCAAAUGGUAUAUAUUGAUCCAUGUUCUGGCUGAAAAUAGCUUAUUAUGAUAUUUAAAGACAGCUUUAAAUAUGCCAGUGUAAAUGUUGUGGACUUGACACAUUAACAUUUUUACCAAUCAUACCACAUCUAAUUAGUUUAUUGUUUUUAAAAAUCAAAGGUUUGUGCUUCUUUGGUACUAUGAUUAUUAAGCCCAUUCUUACUUUUCUCUUUUUCUUUCAUUCAAAAUAAUUUUUAUAUUUUUGGACACAGAUAGUUUCUUUGGCUCUAUAAUUUGUUUGGCAUACAAACAACAAAAAUAUAACAUACAAAUGUAUUAAAGGGUACAUAUGAUGUCUCAUAAUGAAAUAAUGUCGAGUCUUAUAUAUAAGAAUGGUUUAAUUAUAUAUACAAUAUAUAUAUUGAUAUUAUUUAAACACGAAAUGUGAAAGCUCUGAAAUAUUCACAAAUAUCCUUAUAAUGUAGUUAAAUGAAUUGAAUUAUGUGUAAAUAUGUAAAUAAAGGAUACAACAAAGUC